AUGUCAUUGUUGAAUAAUUAUAAAUCUUCGCCAGUAAGAAUCUGGUUUGGUCAAGAAUUGUUUAUUUAUUUAUUUGAUCCUGAUCAAAUGAAGAUAGUUUUACAUAGUCCAAAAUCAGUUCACAAGGAAGCAUUCGUAGAAUUUUUUCAACCUUGGCUUGGUACGGGAUUAUUUACCGCGCCUGCAAAUAAAUGGAAAAUACAUCGUAAAUUAAUAAUGCCAGCUUUUUACUCAGAAAUUCUUGAAUCAUUCUUUGACACUAUAAAUAAAAAAUCGGAAAUUUUGGUCCGAAUAAUGGAAUCCGAAAUCAAUAAAAAUGAAUUUGAUAUAUUGGAUUAUAUUUCACACUGUGUUCUUGAUAUUGUUUGUGAAACGUUAAUUGGGGUUCCUUCGAAUGAACAAAUAAAUGGAAAAUCAAUUUAUGUCGAAGCUUUUCCAAAAAUGAUGAGGCUAAUUUAUAAGCGAAUUAUGACGAUACCGAUGCAUUCUGAUUUUAUUUACAAUUUUACAAAGUCAGCUCAAGAGCAAAAAGAGUGCAUCAAAUAUUUGCAUAAGCGAACAUACGAUAAUGUAGAACAGAAACGUCGGCUGGGUUAUAAAAAAAUUGACGGUAAAAAUGGUGUUUUGGAAACAGCUACACCUAAAAGAAAGGCUUUUUUGGAGUUACUAAUUGAAUUAUCGGAUAAAGGAACAUUGUCAGAGAAAGAAGUCUACGAAGAAGUUGAUUCGAUGAUGGUUGCUGCAAAUGAUACAACUUCAACUGUAACUUCACUUGUUAUUUUUAUGCUUGCUAAUUUUCCAGAUAUACAAGAAAAAUGUUAUCAACAGCUUUUAGAAAUCCAGAAUAAAAAAACAAACCGAGAAUGGAAACUAGAGAAAGAAGAUCUAAACCGUAUGAAAUAUUUAGAGACAGUAAUUAAAGAAACAAUGAGGUUGUUUCCGAUUGCGCCGUUUGCAACGCGUUACGUUGACGAUGAUUUGGAUAUUGGAGGAGGAUACACACUACCAAAAGGCAGCACCGCAAUUUUGGCAUUCUUAAAAGCCCAUCGUUCUGCUGAUUUUUGGGACGAUCCUCUUAGCUUUGAUCCUGAUAGAUUUUCGUCUGAGCAAGCUGUCAAACGACAUCCUGAAGCUUACUUUCCAUUCAGCUCUGGUCUUCGCCACUGCCCUGGUUCAAAGUACGCAAUGAUGAGCAUGAAAAUAAUUAUAUUUAACCUUUUGAAAAAUUAUGUGCUCAUAAAGGAUAAACAUGUUAAUAUUGAAGAUAUUGAACUUAAACCGGACAUUAUUAUUAGAACUUCAAAUCCUUUAACUCUCAAAAUUAAACGAAGGUUGUAA